AUGUCCCGCUACAUGGACAUGGUUGCAUCGAGCCUGGAUUCCAGGGAGGGAGAGGGAGCUCAGGCGCAGAGCUCAGUCAGCACAGCAACACUGGAGCAGCCAGGGCUGCCUGCGCGCUUGAGCAGCGCAGCAUUACUCAGGCGACUCACCGCCUGUGAUGCAGCAAAUGAGGCGCUCAACAUAUUCCUGCAAGAAACAGAGUCGGCUGCCAGUACCUCAUAUGCCACCGGGUUCAGCGAGGAGGAGUGCAGGAGCUUGAUAGGGGCUGCCAUGGCACGCGGCAAUGUGGUCCUGGCGCUAUCUGUCUAUGAAGCGAUGUGCCGCGCGGGGCCCAGCGGCUCUGGGGCGGCGCAGCCGAGCGACGGCCUCGGGGCUGUCUCCUGGCCGCAUGCAUCUCUUGAGACUGUCUCUGCUGUGGUGAGGGGCCUGGCGAGGGCGCUGCGAUUGAGGGAUGCGUUUGGGGCGAUUGAAGACGUGCGGCGCAGGGGCGUUCCCUUGGGCGAUGAGGUGCCAUUUGGGCGAGUGGUGAAUUCACCGCUGGCUCCUGGAACGCCCCUGACUGUCGUGCAGCCUCACGAAGGCUGCAAGGUGGUGGCUUGCGCGUCGACGCGGUACGAGUACGAGGUGUUCACGGGGGAUGUCGUCAGCGUGACGUCCGAGGCGCUGGUAUCGCAGCAGAGCCUACUUCUGGCCGCGGCGCGCGCCGCGAAUUUGUGGCGCAAGCCGCCGCUGGCCGCGGUGCACCAGAUGGUCGUGCAGGCGCCCGACGGCUGUGCGCGCAGCCUGCGCUUCGGGACCGCCACCGCUGACGUGCCCGCGCAGGUGGGGGAGCGGGUGAGUGUGGUGUGCUCGCCGGACCCGGCAACGGCGGGCAGCGGGCAGCAGAGGGCGGGGGGCCUGCUGGGCUCGGCGCCCCCCUUCACAAAGCCGGGGCAGCCGCUGGUGAUGACUAACCACGCGCUCGGCCGGGAGACGCCGCUGCAGCCGCCACCCAGCAGCGCGGCUGGGCUCCCCGGAUGGGUCGUGCCCGCUGCCCUCCUGCUCAGCGCCAGCGACGCUGCCAGCGGGCUGAUAGAUCCGGCGCUGCCGCUUCUCAUCGCGGGCGGCGUGGCCACAGCGGCGACGACAGGCGUGCUGGGGACGACCGUGCUGCUGCCCAAGCUAAAGCAGCUGCCAGAGCGCCUGCUGCAGCUAGAGACUGUGCGCCAGAAGCUACUGGCACAGCACAAUGCCAUUGUGGAGCGGAUGGAUGCGCUGGUGGCAGAGGCGUCGGACGAUGUGCGCGUACUUGCCCGGCUGUGGCAGCUGCAGAACAAGAUGCAGUCCGUGGGCACUGGCGGCUCAUAUGGUGCGCGGAUAGAGCGGGUGGCCACAGCGAUUGGUGGGCUCGAGCAGAGGCUGCACAAGAAGCUGGAGCUUCUGGAUGGGUACGCACGAGUGGCGAACAUGAUUGAGAUAGAGGUGGAGAUCGAUACAGAGGUGCCUGCCGCAGAGGUGCAGGGCAUUGAGGAGCAGCUGAUGCGGCUGGAGGAGGUUGCAGAGAUGCAGGCUGACUGGCGGCUGCAGGCAGAAGCACAAGACGAAGUGGAGCGCUUGCUGCGCACCCCUUGA